AUGAAGAUAUGUUAUGUGGGGAAAGCAACAAAAAUCUUCAUCUUCAUAGUUAUAGUGUUGGUGGCUUUGGGUCUGGUCUUGGGAUUCGGGCUCAUCCGUCACGGCCACCAAGACUCACACAAAUGCUCCGGCGAUUCUUGCCCUUCUUCUCCAUCCCUUGUCUUCCCCACACCUCCACCACCCUCCUCUUCUUCCUCUCCCCUCAUUGGGCCUUCUAACCCACCACCACCACCAGCUGCCGAUCCUACCACCUCCACUCCUGCUCCUCUUACCCCAAACCCAAACCCUCCGCCACAAUUCCCUCCCCCUUCUGCUCCUCCACCGCCUGCUUCACCUGUUGUGUCGGCGCCGCCGCCCUCAAGUCAGCCUACGCCGGUAUUGGUGGCUCCAGGUCCUGUGCAUUCUUAG